AUGGAUCAUGCUAAUCAAACCUCAUCUCCGAUGGAAUACCCAGCGGAUUCUGAAGAAUUCGAUAACUCCACAUAUUGGCGAAACGCUGCCAAAAAGUCCUGGUUUUAUCGAUUUUAUGAGAAAGUGGUGCUCCCAAAUAUUGGGUGCUCGCUAUUAAUCCUAUCGCAGUUUUUCAACUCCAUUAUGGUGACUACCUGUAAACUAUUGGUGACUGAUAAGGACUUCAACACUCCCAUUCAUCCCGUGCAAAUUUUAUUUGUAAGAAUGAUCAUCACAUACUUUUGUUGUAUCGCAUACAUGUAUAUCACCAAGUCGGUACCGGAUUAUCCAUUUGGGCCGAAAGAAGUGAGGACGCUAUUGGUUGUGCGAGGUAUAGUUGGGUUCUUUGGGGUAUUUGGACUUUACUUUCUGUUGCAGUAUCUUUCCUUAUCUGAUGCAGUUGCUAUUACUUUUCUUAUUCCCAUGGUUACCGCCUUCCUUGCUUGGACUAUAAUUCAUGAAAAUUACAGUCUUGUGGAAGCCGUCUGCGGAAUUGUUUCCCUUGGAGGAGUUGUCCUUAUUGCCAAACCCAAUUUCAUAUUUGGCAAUACAAGUGAAACUCUGCCAGCAGAUGAGUCUAUUGAGUCAUCAUCUACCGAAAAGAGAUUACUUGCUACCGGAGUUGGACUUAUAGGUGUAUGUGGUGCAUCAUUUGUCUACAUUAUUUUGAGAAAGAUUGGUAAAAGAGCACAUCCCUUACUUUCUGUGAGUUAUUUCGCUCUCACUUGUGUCAUCUUCACAUUUGCUUUGCUUUUAGUUCUCCCUUCCUUAUCCUUUGCAAUUCCACAGAAUGGGUACCAGUGGUUUCUCUUUUCACUUAUUGGGUUUUCUGGUUUCUUCAUGCAAUUUUCAUUGACAGCUGGUGUACAACGUGAAAAGGCAGGUAGAGCUGCCCUUAUGUCAUAUACCAACAUGAUAUUUGCCAUUAUUUGGGAUUUGGUCAUCUGGGGACAUUUACCGGGAAUUUUAAGUUUCUUGGGAAUACUUUUAAUUAUUGGAAUGGCGGUAAUAAUGAUAUAUUUCAAGCCCAAAGAGGAAAACAUUACUCCAACAACGGAUUUAGAAAAUGGAACAUCUUCAACUGCCGAAUAUAAGAAUUUGAGAACAUCUAAUGACGAAGAAGAUAUUGCAUUACAAGAUUUCAUAAUCACCGAUGAAGAAGAGGAAGGAGAAGAUGAUGAUGGAGCUAAUCCAAAACAACAUGCCAAGGAAGUCAACGAACUACUUUAA